AUGGAUUCAAUAGACGUCGACAAUGGCAAAGUACAGCCAGUCAAUGAGCCCCUGCGGCUCCACGAUCUCCCCAACGAACUUUUCCUCAUCAUCGGUGACGAGCUCUCCAACCCCCCCGACAGCUCUACCCUCUAUUCCCUUAUACUCACAUCACGCCGUUUCAAUUCUGUCCUGAAACCUCAUUUGUUACGUCUAGCACUGCGUGACCGCCCCGAUGGGACCCCACCCCUUCACUUCGCCGCCGCAGGAUCACACAUAGCACUUUUCAUCCAGCUCCUCGGAAAGCUUCCCGAAGAAGACGUCAACCGGGAAGAUAGCAAGGGCUGCACAGCACUACAUAUCGCACUUGACCACGACAGAACCGAUUUCACAAUCGCUCACGCGCUCAUUGACAAUCCAAACGUCGACCUAGAUGCACGCAACAAGCUCGGGGAGACACCGCUGAAGCUCGCAGUUUCGAGAGGCCACGAAGGAAUGGUAGCUCUGCUUCUUGCCAGAGGCGCUGACGUCCAUCUCAGGGAUACCAAGGACCAGACGGUUCUCCAUAUCGCGACCAGAAACUGGGGCAACGGGGGUAGCACGGCGAUCGCCGAACGCCUGCUAAAAGCAAGUAUCGACGUUGACGCGCGAAACAACCUCGGCGAAACAGCGCUGCAUAAGGCUGUGCUCUUCGCACACACGGAUAUGGUCCGACUUUUAUUGGAUUGGCGGGCGGAUACGAGCAUUGCCGAUAAUUGGUGGGGUGGCACGCCUCUCCAUUGGGCUGCCGAUAUGGGGAAGGCCGAGAUCGGAAAAUUAUUACUUGAGAGCGGGGCUGCAGUCGGCGCCAGGGACGUGUUCAAGGGAGGCACACCCUUCCACUGGGCGGCAAAACGGCCAUCUGAGGCUAUGCUCAGAUUGCUCCUAAGAGAGGGUGCAGAUGUAAUGAGCGUUGAUAACUCUGGAAAGAGGGCUGUUGAUUGGAUAGUCAGGCAGGAUAGACGACGCGGGAUGAGGGACGAGAGAGUUAUCGGGGAGUUGUUGACUACGGGUUCGGUUAACGAAAGGGUCUAUGAUAGGAGGGGAGAUUGGCACCUUGCAAGUGAGGAUCAGGGGUACGCCCUCGCUGCUCUCUACUGCUUCCAUUUCGAUCAUGUGCGGAAUAGCGCCAGGGCCCUUCAGGCGGAAGACUACACCUCAGGACCAGGACCGACGCUCGGCCGAUAG